AUGGGAUGGGUGUAUUUCUUAUUGCUUCUACAUUCGAUUUACACAAUCUACUAUGUCGUAUUCAUCGUGCAUCGGCCAAUAAUCUAUUCUAGGCAUCAAAGCAUCAUAAAACUAGCGUCUAGGGUAGUUUGCCCCAUGUUUCUGCUUCCAUUUGGUACUAUCAACUCGCUAUAUCAAAUUAUUAGAAAAGUUGAAAUAACGAAAUAUGCCGUGAGGAAGCAGGUACUUCUUGAGGUUGACUAUGAUUCAACGAUACUGUUGGAAAUAUUUGAGCCAUUAUUAUAUAGUUCUAAGAAGAAGUCAAGGCCAUUAUUCAUAUUCCUCGGUAUUAUCUUCGAGACCUCUUCCAGAAACAUUUUCUCAGUGGUAAAUAUCACCUUAUCUCUACUAAGAUGGGUGAUUGUGAGCUCUUUUAGGAUUUGCUAUGCCAUUGGCAGUGAAUGCCUCCGCACUCCUCGUAAAAAUUCAAAAUGUAAAGUACGACAUAUCUCAGAAGAAAGAAAAGUAACUGAUGAGAAACUUCCUGGUUCAAACGAUUCAGGAGACGAUAGCCGCCGUCAAAAUAAUGUUUUACACAUUCAACAAGUUGAUCCACUGCAUGCCGGUCACAAAUACAAUAGUGUUGAAGAAAAUGUACUGUUGGUGCACGGACUGAAUGGAACGUCAAGAAGCACGUACAUUAAAGGAAUGGCAAAUGAAUUUCUUGAGAGGAACUGCAGAGUAUUCUGUUUUAACGUCAGGGGUGCACUUCUUCCAUCAACUUCCAACACUUUCAACCAUAUUGGGCUUGUGUCUGAUAUAGAAAAGACAGUUGAGUACAUUCUUGAUAACUAUAGUGGCUCCCUUUCAUUGGUGGGAUUUUCCAUGGGAGCAAAUUGGAUUGCAAUGUAUCUAGGCAAUCACCCUGAAAGUGAUCGUAUCAAGAUGGGCAUUGGGGUGUGCUGUCCGUUUGAUUUUGGCACUCUAAGACGUCACUUCUGCCAGACAUUUUAUGGUAAAUUCCUAAAUUUUUGUAUGGCUAAAAAUUACAAAAAAUAUAUCAGCAGAUCAAUGAAAUCACCAAUAUAUUUGGACCAUUGCAAAUAUUUGGAAGACAUUGACAAGGAGCUAUUACAAACAGUAUUUAAGUUCAAUACAUUGGAGGAGUUUUAUGAUAAAAGUAGCUGUAUAAGUGUUAUUGAUAACAUAUCAGUCCCGAUGCUUUUUCUGAGUGCAUCAGAUGAUCCUAUAAUCCCCAGAUGGGUUAUUCCCUCUGAAAAGUAUAAAAAUAACCAAAAUCUCAGUUUUCUAAUUUUGAGUGGAGGGCAUUUGGGAUUCUUUGCAAAUAGGUCAAAGACCAAUGCAGAGACGCUGGUCGGAAAAUACUUUGAUGUUAUCAAUGGAUUGUCAGCAUAUUAA